AUGGCGCUGCGCUGCUACGCCGAUGGGCCGGCGGUGGCGCUGUCAAAGCGCUGUGCAGCGUAUGGAAACGAGGGAAGACUGCAGGGACUUGCUGUGGCCCACGAAUUCGGCCCGGGCGCCUUUCUUGUGGUGCUGACUCGGUUUGCCUCCAAGGUAGAGGACUUCAUCAGCCGCAGUCAGGCAGCAGGCCGGCAGCAGCAGGCGCGCACGGCAUGGCUGGUGGCGCAGCAGCGGCUGGAGCAGGAGGCGGCAGACUGCGAGGCGGGGCUGGUAGGGUGGCUCGAAGGCGGCUCCAUUGCUGCUGCAGAGCUGCACAGCAGCGCGAGCGGCGACUGCAGUGCUGAGCCAUCCGGCGGCAGCAGCAACGCGCCGGCAGCGGAUCAGCUGCUGCUGGGGCCUGAUGCCAGCGACGCGCUGCAGGGCGCCGUGGCAGCGGCAGCUGCGGCGGCCAGCUUGCUCAGCGAGCCUGGUGGUGGUGCAGCGGCCGCUGGCCCUGCUGUUCUGCUGGCAGUGGAAGAGCAUGUGAAGGAGGCGGGUCAUACCUUGGCGAACCAGCUUGCCGCAGCUGAGGAUGGCGCCAGGCGCCUGCUGAGCGGGGCGCGGCAGCAGUUUGCGGCUGCCUGCCGCCCGCCAGGCGGCGACAGCUCAGCCAGCCUGCAGGACCGUGUGCUCCUGCUGUGCGCACAGCACCCAUUGGCGGCACCCGCGUGCACAGCACAGCUGCUGGAGCAGGCAGCAGAGGCCCAAGCGUGCCACAGCCGGGCAAUGCAAGAGCGGCGGACCGCCUGGAGCGCUUUCCAGGCUGGCACGCUUUCCAGGCAGCAGCAGCCUCUUGAACAGCCAGGUGCUGAAAGCAGCCACAGUAGGGGUGCGCAGCUGGUGCUGGAGCCAUUCUCGCCCGCGGAGCCUCCGCUGGAACUAGUCAGCAGCGGCAGCGGCAGCAGCCAGGCGGGGGAGGGGAGCGAGUGCCUGGCAGCGGAUGGGACAGACGACGGCUGGAGCUCCGAGGAGCAUGCCGUGUUUGUGUGGGAGCGGCGCCUGUGCAUGGCACCCGGCGGGGGCGGCGAGGCCGCGCUGCUGCGCCAGCUGGCGGCGCUGCUGCCGGGGCGCACCCCGCUGCAGGUGCGGGCGCACGAGCGGUGGCACAAGGAGGGCAGCCGCCUUUGGGGCGCUGUGACCCAGGGCGAGGCGGGGUGGCGGCAGGAGCAGGCCGUUUUUGUGGCGGCGGCAGAAGCGCUGCUGAGCGAGUCGGAGGCUGGCUGCCUUGCAGCUGCCGAUGCACUGGUGCUGCACCUGGAGGCUGUGGCCACCAGCCUGCUGUCAGCGGCAGCACUAGACCACCAGCGAGCGGUCAGGGGAGAGCAGCAGGCAUCCGAGUUGGAGCACCGCUGGGCUUCGGCGGCGGCCGCCGCAGACCAGCAAGCAGCUCGGCGUCGGGCUGCUGCCGACCAGCGGUGCCGCCUGAAGCAGCUGCUUGCGGAGCACCGGCACCGGCAAGAGACGCAGGCAGCAGCCGCGCUUGCCGCCGAGCAGGCUGCUGCAGCUGCGGCGGCUCGAGAGGCAGCGGCGGCUGCUGCUGCGGGGAAGCAGAGGGUGCAGCUCCGGCAGCAGCUGGUGGCCGCAAGGGGCGCCCGGCGGCAGCUGGAGCAACAACAGAGGCAGGCGGCGGAGCAGCGGCGGCAGGCGGCGCUGGAGCAGCUGCGUCGCCAGGUGGCGCCCGCCGUGCCGCGGGAUGCCGCCCGUGCCAUGGCCGCCACCCAGAGCAGCGCUGCGGCGGCAGCUGCCCUGGGCCGCCAGCACGGCCUGUUUGCUGGAGCCCUGGGAUUCACUGCAGACCAGGUGCUGCAGGACCAGCGGUUCAAGGUGUAUGAAGUGCUGCGGGCGCUGUCGCUCCACUCCACUGCCGCCGGGCGGCUGGCGAUCGCGGCGGCGCGCCCCGCCCACCCGCUGCGUGCCGACACGCUGACCUCGGAGCAGCGGCAGGGGAUGGCGGGGCUUGGUUGA